AUGCUGCCUUACCUGUUCCCUGAGCUGUCCACCUUUGCUACAGUCGCCGAUCUUAUCACCCACCUUCGCACUAGUGACGCUCGCCUGCGUGCCGCCCUUCCCACUGAGUUCUGCGCUAAGAACCCCCCUCCACUGUACUGGACACUCCACUUCAUAGUCACCCGUCUCCCUGACACCCUCAGCUCAGUGCGCGACUAUUUCCUUGCUCGCUGUCCCACUGAGCUCACUGUCGCCCUCCUAGAGGAGAAGCUGCUAGCAGCCGAGAAGAGCAUUGUAGCUGUAGGUGCUGCUCGCGGCGCUCCUCGCACCCCCAUCUUUGAGGGAUGCUCUCCCUCUCCCCUCGCUCCCUCCUAUGCUACUGCUGCUGCUGUUGACUUCCUUGGUGCUGAGACUGCUGGCGCUGCUUCUGCUCCUGGUGGGAGGCGCCGCACCGGCAAGGGCAAGGGGGGCAAGGGUGGCGGGGGUGGCGCUGGGGGGGGAGGGGGUGGGGGAGGUGGGGGGGGAGGCGGUGCUGGAGGGAGCGGUGGCGGGAGUGCCGGUGGGAGUGGGGCCGGCGGCGGAGGCGGGGGCGGCGGCGGGAGCAGUGGCGGUGGUGGCAGCGGCGGCAGUGGCGGCGGUGGCGGUAGUGGCGGUGGCGGUGGCGGUGGUGGCGGUCGGAGCGGAGGUAGUGGCGGCGGUGGAGGUCGGAGUGGAGGCACAGGCUCGGGCCAGAGCUCCCAGCAGCAGCAGCGUCCCCAGUCGACCCAGCAGCUUCGUGAGUGGCUUGCUCAGCGUGGGACGUCGGGGGGCAGUGGCCGCUGUUCCUAUGUCAUUCGCACAGGUGAUCGCAAGGGGCAGACGUGUGGAAAGUUCCACACUCAGUACCGCUGCUUCUUCCGCCUUGACGACGCUUGGCGUGAGGAGAUGGGCGAGGAUGUUGAGCGCCCUCGCUGGGCUGAGCUGAUGAGGGCUGGGGUUGAUAUCUUUGCUCUUGACUAUGAUGCUAUUAUUGCUGCCAUCACUGUCCCUGCUACUUGCGAGUCUGCUCUCUCAGGUACAGCACCCACAGAGACUGCUCUCUCAGGUACUGCACCGGCUGAGCCCUGUCACACCUUCACCCUUGACUCAGGUGCUUCCCGCUGCUUCUUUCGAGACAGUACUGAGCUCACACCGCUUCCUGCACCGGUCCCAGUCUCCUUGGCUGACCCCUCUGGGGGCCCGGUCCUUGCCCGGUCCACCACUGUGCUCCCUUGUCCGGCGGUUCCGUCUGGCUCGUUGACGGGUUUCCACCUCCCCUCGUUCUCGACGAACCUGGUGAGCAACGCUGUCAUCCAGGAUCAGUGGGUUGACACCUUUACCCCUGGAGGACAGCGUGUGGCGAUCUGCACGUGCUCCAGGACCGGCCGUCACCUGGCUACGUUUACUCGUCGGCCGGGGUCGAGUCUCUACACACUGACCACUGCGUCUCCUCAGGUCGCUGCUGUCGGUCAGGUGUCCGCGUCAGGUCUGGUAGCCCACGCCUGUGAGUGUCGUUCCCUGUCGCACCAGACUCUUCUCUGGCACCACCGCCUGGGUCACCCCUCCUUGCCACGCCUCCGUGGCAUGCACCGUCGCCACCUUGUGUCUGGUCUUCCCAGGUCCCUCCCUCCUCUCCCUUCCUCGCCUGCGCCGCCUUGCCUUCCUUGCGUCGAGGGGCGGCAGCGCGCCGCUCCUCACUCCUCCUCGUUCCCCCCGACAGAGGCUCCUCUGCAGACCCUCCACCUGGACGUGUGGGGCCCAGCCCGCGUUCGUGGUCAGGGCGGUGAGCGGUACUUUUUGCUGGUUGUCGACGACUACUCGCGUUACACCACGGUCUUCCCCUUGCGCACCAAGGGUGAGGUCCCUGCUGUUCUGAUCCCUUGGAUCCGCACAGUUCGUCUCCAGCUCCGCCGCCGUUUCCGGACGGAUCUUCCUGUCCUGCGUCUGCACUCUGACAGAGGUGGUGAGUUUUCCUCCGACCUCUUGAGGACCUUCUGUCAGGCGGAGGGCAUCGAGCAGACCUUCACGCUUCCGGACUCCCCACAGCAGAAUGGGGUUGCUGAGCGCCGCAUUGGCCUGGUCAUGGAGGUCGCUCGUACCUCCUUGGUCCACGCGGCGGCUCCCCAUUUUCUGUGGCCGUUUGCUGUCCGGUAG